AUGAGCGCAAAGCCCUCAAGUGGCCCCGACGCGUGGGAGCAAGACUGGGAGAGCCAAGCCGAUACUCUUGCGGCCGAACCCGCCCCGCCUCCGCAGGAGAAGAAAGUCUCCUCCAAAGUCUCCAAGGCCCAGCGCAGAGCUCAACAGGCCGAGUUCAAUCGCCAACUGUGGGCGGAAGCUGAUUCACCUCAGACAUUCCACUUCCUAGAGGCGCGGUCAAGCGUUCCUCUCAAGCAAGAAUUCAAACCUACCGUCACGGUUCUCAGUCGGAACCCCCAGAUAGCCACACGCCAAUCAUCAUCCGCUGUAGACGCCGCGGGUGCUGGUAUCAGACGGUUGGGGUUGAAUGAAGAUGACGACUCCGACGAAGAAGGCAGGGCUUCUCAACCUACUGCCGAGGAGCGACAGGCUAUUGCACUGCGCAAUCUGGAAGAAAAGCAGCGCAAGUAUGAGGAGGCACGCGAAAGACUAUUUGGGAGCCCGUCCGCCCCCACUUCGGGCGCGUCGUCGCCACGCAGUUCUACCCCUCCUAAGCAGCACGAUGGUCGGGGAAAAGGCAGAAGCCGCGGGAACGGGCGAGACAACAAUCGGGAUAAGCGGGACUCAUCUGCUGCUUCAGGGAAGGCUAAGCAGCUCUACGAUCCUGGAUCUCCGAAACCGAACUCGACUUAUGGACCACGGAAGGAGAAGCAGAGCGGUAUCCGAAAGGAGGAAGACUCCCAAUCUCCGAAGCAGCCGAUCCGCAGUCCUCGAGGCCCCGAUAGCAGUGGGAGAGGCGGAUUUAGGAUGGGCAACAGGGGUGCCCGAGGGGGCUAG